AUGGAACAGCAGACAAUCAGUGUUGCCAAAGCUGGGUUGGUGUGCAAAUUAAAUACAAGAACAACUAUCCUGGCUGCAACUAAUCCAAAGGGGGAUAUGACCCAAAUGAAUCCAUCUCUGUUAAUGUAGCACUGGCUAGUCCUCUGCUUAGUAGAUUUGACCUGGUUCUAGUUUUGCUGGAUACAAAAAAUGAAGAUUGGGACAAAAUUAUCUCCUCCUUUAUACUGGAGAACAAAGAUUGCCACCAGAAAUCUGAUAAGCUUUGGAGCAUGGAGAAGAUGAAAACUUAUUUUUGCUUAAUAAAAGCUUUGCAACCUAAGAUGUCUGAAGGAGCCAACAUGAUUCUAGUGCGCUACUAUCAGCUUCAACGACAGAGUGAUAGUAGAAAUGCAGCUCGUACCACAAUCCGUCUACUGGAGAGCUUGAUACGGCUUGCUGAAGCCCAUGCAAGAUUGAUGUAUCGAGAUGUUGUGACUAUAGAAGAUGCUAUCACGGUGGUAUCAGUAAUGGAAUCAUCUAUGCAAGGAGGUGCCUUACUGGGAGGGGUGAAUGCUUUGCAUACAUCAUUUCCAGAUAAUCCACAGGAGCAGUACCAAAUGCAGUGUGAACUUCUCUUAGAGAGACUGGGACUCCAAAAUAUACUGAGGGAAGAAUUGCAGAGACUAGAAAGACAGCAGUAUCUAGACACCAAUCAGCUGCAGCAAGGAGAGAAUAAUACCACUGUCACCACUGAGGGUUCUGUCACUAAUAAAAACACCCCAUGGUGAUAAUGUGAAGCCACACAUUUCAGAAAUGGGACACACCAACAGAGCAAAUGUCAGCUGUGACUCAAACACAAAGACACAGGAGGCUGAAAAAAUAUUCUUCUCCUCCAGCACCUAACAACUGUACAACAAAGAAUAUUUGCAGAGAUGGUUCUGAUUUGUUGGUAGAUCGAAGCAUACAGCUUGGAUCUUCUGAAGAGCUUAACAACAGACGGCAACAAAAUUCUUCAAAACUGUCUGAAUAAGACAAGCAGUGGUUUUGGCCUGGAUUGGUUUGACACUAUCCAGACAGGAAGGCAAGGAAUCAAUAUUUCUCCAAUUUCUAAAACAGCAGAGUACACAACCAUGAAACCUCAAACAAUUCCACCAAGACUUGAAGCUGCCAGUAAUGAUUUCAAUAAAAAUACCAUCAAUGCAAGCGCUGCCAAGCAAGUAACAGAAAAAGGCUCAUGUGAAACAAAAGGAAAUAAUUUACCAGAUGAAAUUAUUACUGAACAUGUUUCUAAAAAAUGGCACAAACUGAAUAAAAAGCGUAUGAAAAACACAACUGAUGAACCCUGUAUAACGAAGCUCUGUGGAUAUGGAGGUCCUUCAGAAGAAGCCGACGAUUCAUCUACAGGUCCUGUGCACAGCACUCCUGUCCGAAGCAGAAAGCGACCACUCGCUCAUGUGGAUCCAAGGAAAGGGAUAUCAGAUAUCCAGGAUCCUGAGCUGCAGGCAAGAUUAGCCCAACUAGCCAAGUUUUCAUUUAAACAAAAGACAAAACUCCUGCACAACCCAGGGAUAGAAAAUGAGUUGACUGCUACUUCUGGUAACAAUGACAAAGAAGGUACCAAACCAAUGCAGAAACCUGCAGAAAAACUCCGGAGACUGCUGGAGGUAUCAGAAAGCUCGGAUCAAGCCAGUUCUGUAAGGCAAGAAAAGUCUUGUGCUGCCACAACAGAUGUGACCCUAGAGAAAGAAGCACAUGUUGUGAGCCAUGUUGUCUCCCCUUCUGUGUUAGUAAAUGAGGAAACAAAUCAGACUGAGACCUCACACAGUAGAAAGGUCUCUUCUAGUACACUUGCCAGGCUGGCAAUGUUUUCCUUCACCUCAUCAUCUGAAGACAAAAUAGCUGACAAACCAGGUGUUAUUCCUGGAAGUGAAAACCCUUUAUCCUCCAGGAACCUGGAUGCAGGAGGAAAGAGGAAAUGUUUUCACCUGGAGUCUAUCACUAACAAAGCUGUUGGAGCAAAAUCACUUUUUAGUAGUACAGACUUUGAUGAUGAAAUGUUAGAUUUAGACUGGAAUAUUGAG